UGAACUUGAAUGCACCUAAAAUUUGAAAAUCAAAAUCAAAAACCGCGCCACCGAUGGCCCCCUCCACCCCUCCUCCGCCACCGGAUACUUCCACCUCCACCUCCUCCGCCGCCACAGCAACAACCGCGCCCCUAUUUCAGAAUCCUCCCCGUCCCCCAAAUCGCCACCACUUCCAUUACUCCCCACCCCCGCCUCGCCUCCCUUCCAAUCCCAACCCUAAUUACCCCCAAUUGGCCCCCCGCCCCCCUCAUUCCCUCCCCCAUCCUCAGGAUCCCUCCCAGCUUCUCUACCCGGUCGCCUCUUCCGGUCGCGGAUUCCUCACCCGCCCCGUCGCCUUGCCAGCUACCCGCUCCACCCAGCGACCCCCAUUUAUGUUCCCCUAUCUAGAUCAGGGUCAGGGUCAGGGUCAGGCCAAUCCGGUUUUUGUGCGCCCGAACCACUUGCCGCACUUGCUAGCGGGCUCGGCUCCUACUAAUUCUGCUGCUGCCGGAGCAAUGCCUGUCGUUAAAGGAAUUCCUGUUCCGUCUUCACACCAGACAAAGGUUGGUUCUCCUUCAGCUUCGUUAUCUGAUAACAAUGGACAUAAGGAUUCAAGGGAUAGAACUAAAGAUGAUGCUUUUGUAAUAAUAAGGGAUAGGAAGGUUAGGAUACAUGAAGACGCGACACUUUAUUCCCUCUGCCGGUCAUGGUUGAGAAAUAGUUUUCCUGAAGAAACACAGCAGCCACAGUAUCUGGAUACUGUGAAAUCUCUUCCAAGACCUUUGCCCAUACCAGCACAAGAUGCAAAUUCACCAGAUAAAAUAGCAAAAGACAAAGAAGAGGAAGAUGAGGAUAAGGACUCUUGCGAGCAUCUGUCUGAGAAGGAACUGUUGCGGAGACACAUUAAACGUGCAAAGAGGGUUCGAUCACGGCUGAGAGAAGAACGUCUUCAACGAAUUACAAGAUACAAAACUAGACUUGCUCUUCUCUUGCCACCAAUGGUAGAACAACACUUCAAAAAUGAUUCUGGUCCACCAAACUGAAAAAGGCUUCGAUGUUUGCCAUCCAGAUACCCUUGACUCCCUCUGAAAGGAAUGGCACCCUUGUAAGAUGCAGGAUCACAUCAGCGUCACAUAUUUCAUAUUCUUUGAUUAUGUGCUGCAUUGUGGAGCAAAAAAAAAAGUCAUACAUUCUCAGUUUUCUUAUCGUGCAUUCCCUCUUUGUUGUGUUUGCCCCUUAAGCAUUUCUGUAGUUCUUUGGACCUAACAUAGUUCGAUCUCAGUAAGUAGGGUGAUGAGAAUCGAAGGCAUUUGUAGGAUGAACGGUUGUCUGUAGCAAGGCAGUCCGAAACCAGCUUAGAUGUUGCAAAUUCUAGGGCUAGAGUGUGAACUAAAGAUUAUCAGUAUGCAAAUGUAAUGUAACGAAUUUGUUUGUUAA